UAAAGGGUGCUGCAGCUACUCCAGGAAACAGUUGCUGACCAAACCAGUCACAGACGCAUCGGACUUCAGCCUCCGUUAAUGCUGCAUGGUGGUUUCAACUUGACCUUGGUCAGACAAAAGAAGGGACCAUGUCUACCUUUGGGUACAGGCGAGAGCUUAGUAAAUAUGAAGACCUAGAUGAAGACGAACUCCUCGCUUCUCUAACUGAUGAGGAGCUGAAGGAGUUGGAGAGAGAGUUAGAGGACAUUGAGCCUGACCGGAACCUUCCAGUGGGGCACAGGCAGAAAAGUCUGACCGAGAAAACUCCGACAGGGACUUUCAGCCGGGAGGCACUGAUGGCCUACUGGGAAAGGGAAACCAGGAAACUUCUAGAAAAAGAGAGGAUGGGUGCAUGUGAAAAGGAUUCUAAAGAACAGGAGGAAGAAGAGGGAGGAGAAGAAGAUGGAGAAGAUGAAUCAGAAGAAAUUAAUGAAGCAUAUUUCACAGAAAGUAAUAGUGAAGUUUCUGAGGAGGCAUACACUGAAGAAGAUGAAGAAGAAGAGGAUAAAGAAGAAGAAGAGGGGGAGGAGGAGGAGGAGGUAGAAGAAGGUAACAGAAGAGAGGAAGAGAAGGAGGAGGAGGAGGAAGAGGAGGAAACGGAGGAAGAAAGUGAUGCAGAUGAUAGCGAAGAAAAAGAACCUGUUGAAGAAUGUAAAAAGACAAUAAACAAUGAAAGUAAAAGGAGUUCAAUAAGUAUAAAACUUAAAAACUCCAAUAACAAAACUGAAAAUGAAAUAGUUGCCAAUGGUCAUAGUGAAAAGGAUGCAGAAGACUUGAGCUACAGAAAGAGUGCCAUGCAUCCUUGUGGAAACCCAACUGUGAUUGAAGAUGCUUUGGAGAAAGUUAGAAACAAUGAUCCUGACACCACUGAAGUUAACUUAAACAACAUUGAGAACAUCACACCACAGAUGCUUAUACACUUUGCUCAGGCCCUGAGGAACAACACUGUAGUCAAAACCUUUAGUUUGGCCAACACUCAUGCUGAUGACAAUGUUGCAAUGGCUAUUGCAGGUAUGCUAAAAGUGAAUCAACAUAUAUCAAAUCUAAAUCUCGAUUCCAAUUUUAUUACAGGGAAAGGAAUAUUAGCUGUCAUGAGGGCUUUGCAGAAUAACAAGGUUUUAACAGAAUUAAGGUUUCACAACCAAAGGCAUAUAAUGGGUGGCCAGGUUGAAAUGGACAUAGCUAAACUUCUGAAGGACAAUACUACAAUUAUAAAGCUAGGCUAUCAUUUUGAGCUGGCUGGACCAAGAAUGAGUAUGACAAGUAUCCUGACAAGAAAUAUGGAUAAACAGAGACAGAAACGGAUGCAGGAGCAAAGACAGCAAGAAUCCAAUUGGAAUGGAACACUAAGUCCAAAGACCAAAGCUUUGCAAAAGGGAACUCCUGGUUCUUCACCUUAUUCAUCUCCCCGAAGUUCACCUUGGUCAUCUCCAAAACUUCCUAAAAAAGUUUCCCCCAUUCAAAACCAGACUUCUCCAAGAAGUUCACCUAGGUCAUCUCCAAAGAUUCCUAAAAAGGUGCCUCCUGUUAAAAGCCAGCCUCCAUCCCCACCACCUCCACCUCCUCCUCCACCACCACCACCUCCUCCACCUCCUCAAAUAGAGAAAAAGGUGCCAACCAGGAACAUUGCUGAGGUUAUCAAACAACAUGAAAGUGCCCAAAGGGCUGUACAAAAUAAACAGAAAAAGAAAAAAGGCAAGAAAAGCAAGAAAUAUGAGAAUGAAAUCUUGUCAGAAAUAAAAAAUUCAUUGAAGUCAAUUUCAGACAAGAAGUCAGAAGAAGGUUCACGUCCUUCUACCCGGCCUUCUACCCCAGUGAGAUGUCUCCAUACUGAUCUCAUGGAUGCAAUUCGUGCAAGCAGUAUGAAACAGCUAAGGCGGGUGGAAGUCCCAGAAGCUUUGCGAUAAAAGCAACCAGUCAGCCCAUGAAAAGGUGAAGAGGGUGAUUGCUAUGGUGGUUAGGAGAAAGGUGCCAAAUCAUUUGCAAGUAAUAAAAGAGACUAAUAUUAAGGACUUUGAAGAUGUACUCUUAGAUUGGGAAUAUGAAGAGAGAGCAAGAGCGCUGUUAAACACCAGGCAAUGCUUUUAAGCAUUUUUUUUUCAUUUGUAAAUAUGGAAAGUACUUUUUUAUUGAAUGAAAUUUAUAAGAAGAAAUAGUUUAUUUAGAUACAUUUGUUGAAAGCCAGCUGCACUUCACAGGAAAGGUUCUUUCUAAAGAGCAGUAAUUGUUCAGUGACUUAUGUUUUUGUCUGCCUUAUGAAGUUACAAUAAAGGUGGUUUGACUUUUCAA